GUUGACAUAAGCAGAGCUCCUUCAAAAGGAAAGCCGGUUGAGCCUGUCCCCGCACAAGUUCCCGGACUGAGCUCUUCCCUUCUCCAAUCCGCACCGAACAAACACACCCAUCCAUCCCCAACAACACCUGCGCACCGUCGCUUGAAGCACUCAGUGCGUGUAUCAUCUCUUCUGAUCUUUCCACGCACCACAAUCUACAAAGCGCACUUUUCCCUCUACACCUCUGCGUUCGUGUGGCGAUAUCCAACCACUCGACUGCCUAACAACUCCACCCACGUGCUGGUGAACUCGUCCUUGCUCCAGCGGCAAUACUUCAUCCAUCCUACUUAAAUCUCAAUCACCUCAUAUCUACUACUCUUUUCUGCGAUUCUCUCCCGUCGUCGUUGUCGUCACGCGUCUCGUGUCGGGCAUGGCGCUGUAGCCAGCGCACGCGAUCAAGCUCACACGAUAUCCGCGCUUUCUAUUGACGCGAUUUCAAGAAGCGGAGGGCCUCCGUGCAAUCUUUGCUGACAGGCCCGACUGAGAUUUCGAGUGAAAAGGUGGAUUUCAAUCGCUUAGGGGCGGACUGGGAGCCAAGAUGCAGCUCCGGUUGCCCCCCAGCCUGCACUAUCCUAUCACCGUGACCUCUCUUCUGAAGAAGGAGGGGGACACGGUGGAGCGGGAUGAGGCUAUCUUCUGGUACAUUUACCAAACUACUGUGGAGGAGGGAGACGGGCUGGGAAACCAGGUGAUGGUCAAGCGCAAGUUUCCGACACGUUUUGAAUCUACCGUGGAUGGCACAGUUGUGAAAUGGAAUAUCGCUAAGGGCGAUGUUAUUGAUGAACCUGUGGAUGUGGUCGAGGUUGAGGAGCCGUGUGCACAUGAGGUCCAGUUCGGUGGGAUGUGCGCCGAAUGUGGCAAGGAUAUGACUGAAUCGACCUACAACACUGAGAUCUCGGAAACCUUCCGCGCUCCCAUCCAGAUGACCCAUGACAACACCACGUUGACCGUCAGUGAGAAGGAAGCCACCCGUGUCGAGGAGGAUGCCAAGCGUCGUCUUCUGGCGUCCCGACGUCUGUCGCUAGUGGUGGAUCUGGAUCAGACAAUCAUCCAUGCCACCGUUGAUCCCACAGUCGGGGAAUGGAAGGACGACAAAGAUAAUCCAAACUAUGAUGCAUUGAAGGAUGUUCGGUCUUUCCAAUUGGUUGACGAUACUCCCGGGGCGCGCGGAUGUUGGUAUUACAUCAAACUCCGACCUGGACUGGAGGAAUUCCUGGAGAAGGUCGCCGAACUCUUCGAGCUGCACAUCUACACAAUGGGUACUCGAGCAUAUGCCCAGAACAUCGCUGACCUGAUUGACCCAACGCGCAAGCUCUUCGGAGACCGCAUCCUGAGCCGUGACGAGAGCGGAAGUUUGACGGCCAAGAACCUGCAGCGACUCUUCCCGGUGGACACCAAAAUGGUCGUCAUUAUUGACGACCGCGGUGACGUGUGGCGAUGGAUCCCCAAUUUGAUCAAGGUCGUUCCCUAUGACUUCUUUGUCGGAAUUGGCGAUAUCAAUUCCAGCUUCUUGCCGAAAAAGCAAGAGAUCGCGGUGCCAUCUAAAGCAAGAAGAGGAUCGAAAGAGAAGGGGAAGGAGAAGGAGCUGCAGGAACACCAUGUCAACGGAGCAACGAUGAGGACAGGGUCGGAGACGGAGGUCUCGGCUUUGGAACAGCUGGUGACGAUGGGUGGAGGUGAUGACCCCAGACUUUUGCAGGAGCAGACAGACGCACAGGAGGAAACGAUCAUGCAUCAAGUUGAGGAUCGUCCUUUGCUGCAGAAACAAAAAGAGCUAGAUGCAGACGACGAUGCGUCUGCCGAUGGCAGCGAAUCGUCUUCCAGUGGGGAUGAGUCGCAGGAGACAGCCAGACCUCGACACCAUCUACUGGUAGACCAUGAUACGGAGCUUUUCCAGCUUCAAGAACGUCUGGAAACGGUACAUAAGAUCUUCUUUGAAGAGUAUGACAAAAAGAGAACACACGCUCUGGGUGGCCGUGUAGCCGCCCUCCGCGGCGAGAAAGCCCUCUCGAAAGACAAAGACGUGGACUUGAAACUAGUCCCCGAUAUCAAGGACAUUAUGCCCCUGUACAAAGCUCAAGUACUCGGCGGUGUCGUGGUGGUUUUCUCCGGCGUGAUUCCGCUGGGUCAAGAUCUCCAGAACGCAGAAGUCUCUCUUUGGGCAAAGACAUUCGGCGUAGUCGUCCAGAAGAACAUCGGCAAGCGCGUAACACACCUGGUCGCUGGCCGAAAUCGCACCGCCAAAGUGCGGGAAGCCACGCGCUGGCCAAACAUCAAGAUCGUCACAACGCAAUGGCUCUACGACUCUCUUAUCAACUGGAAACACCUGGACGAAGACCCUUACCUGUUACCUGUCCACCCAGAUGACCGAGGCGAGCCCCUCUCGCCCGGUUCCCGCGAACUUGUCGAUAGCUCGUGGAUUUCUUCUUCGGACGAAGCGACGAACGUGACCGAUGAUGACGCCGGCGACGAGAUGUUCAAGGAGGCCGGGUUGACCGAGUCCUCGGCCCUCAGCUACGACGAGGACGACCAGGCAGCGGUGCACGAUGAGCUGAAGGAAUUCCUGGGCAGCGACGACGAAAGCGAGAGCGACAGCGAGCUCUUGGCGGAGGAAACGACCGAGCCGAGUCGCAAGCGCAAGCGUGGGGAAGGAAACGAGGGAAACGCCGACGAGGAAUCAACCGAUGAAGACGGCGACGAGUCAGAUCCCAAAGGCUCACGUCUUUCGCAACGCAUCAAGCGUUCCUAUGAGCGGAGUACUGGUCUUAGAGAGGUCGCUACCGCCGGAGGUUCGGAGACGGAAGAGACGCGGUUUGAGAAGGGACAAUUCUCUGCCCCGGAUGAUGACGACGAGGGAGAAGAAGUGGCCGCUUCUGCUGUUGGUGAACAGGAGACUCAGUCUGACACGGCCGUUGACGAAUCGGACGCGGAUGAUUUUGAGCGUGAGAUGAUGGCAGCGUUUGAUGAUCCGGAUUACAGCAAGGAAUCCGGUGCUGACGAGGCAGCUGCCGAGUAAACCUAGAGAGCCGCAUCUGUUUGCCCUAGGCUAUCGUGGCCUAUUCCGAUGCUUCGUGAUAACUCUACGGCGUUACGGUUUCAGUGCCCCUACGUUCUAUCUUCAUCUUUCUCCUUCCCGGUGUCCUGGACUUGUCUGUAGUCAUAGCUGAUUUGUGCAGUUGCGAUGCGUGCGUAGCAUAGCGGCGGCGUUUGUCAGAGUCUUUUUUGAUAUUCUAUUUGUGUAUCUCUGUAUUUUCUUGUCAAAGGUAGCUAGUGUUCCAUACAAGAGGGGUUGUGCGCCCCGGAUCUUGCUAGGUAUGGUUCCAAAAAAUGAGGAUGUCCUUCAUGAAAAGUAAUCAAUGCCUGACUGUAGUAAUUAGUCAAUGGGGAUACAAAUGCA